AUGGAUUCGGGUUCCGGGAAGCCCGAGGAGGUGGCUGCUUACCAGAGCAAAGAGGCCAAGCAGGCGAGGCUUCAGUCCAUGCUCGCCGCGCUCCUCGACGACCCCAUACUCGCGGACGUCCCCAGGAAGCCCUCCCUCGCCGACGUCGACACGCUGAUAAACCUCGAGCUCGGCAGCGCCAUGAGGCUGACCGUUGUCAAGUUGGACAACACCUCCUUCGAGGUGGCGGUGUUGAAUUCUGCCACUGUCAAGGAUCUGAAGCUGGCUAUCAGGAAGAAGACAAAUGAGAUAGAACAAGAGCAGAUGGGGCAUCGUCAUAUCUCAUGGAAGCAUGUCUGGGAUAACUACUGCUUGACACAUCACAAUGAGAAACUGAUAGAUGACAAUUCAGCACUUUCUGCUUAUGGUGUUCGGAACAACUCUAAGAAAAUAUACAUGUUCAUUUCUGGAAGACCAAAUAAGGUAGCUCCUGAAAUCAAGAGCAACCACUUAGAAGCAUCAACCAGUUUUGUUCGCCCUUUAAUAAUUGCAUCAGUUUCUGUAGUGUUUUGCCCUUAG